AUGGUCUUUAACGGAGAAGAGGAAAUUGGAGAUAUGUUAUUGGGCGAAAAGGUGAAAAAGGUCAAUAACUUUAAAUACCUUGGUUCACAUUUAACAUCAGACGGAUAUCUCGAUGUCGAAAUAAACCAUAGGAUAAAAUCUGUGUGGAAUAAUUGGAAAAACGUGUCAGGAGUACUAUGCGACAAGAAGAUGAGCGCAAGAGUGAAGGCCAAUGUUCAUAAAACGGUAGUAAGACCUGCAAUGAUCUAUGGUGCGGAAGCGUGGCUUAUUAAAGAGUCACAGAAGAAGAAACUGGACGUAGCCGAAAUGAAGAUGUUAAGGUGGAUGUGUGGAGUAACAAAACUUGAUAAGAUCAGGAAUGAAAGAAUUAGAGGCACAACUAAGGUGGUAGAAACUUCAAAGAAAGUGCAGGAGCGGAGGCUUCAGUGGUGA